UCAGUUGCAUAUAAGAACAAAGUAGAGGAAAUCUUAGGUAGGCUCGGCUAGAAUUUCUCCCUAAAGAAGAUGCCCAAAUCUCUUACAUCCAGACAUAGAAACAUUAGAGAAAUCAAAGAGAAAGUACUUUUGUUUUUUUGUCUCUCACAAGCCAAAACCCCAACCCUUUGAUCCCUUCCCUUUCUAGGAAAAUGUCGGAUUAUUUACCUCCAGAGGUUCUAUUGGAGAUUCUGGUGAGGCUGCCUGCGAAAUCGCUUCUUCAAUGCAGUUGCGUUUCAAAAUUAUGGUACUCUCUUAUCUCUAGCCCAAAUUUCAUUUUUAUGCAUGCCCAUUUCACUUCCACCACCAACAAGAACAAGCAUGCUCAGAUAAUGAUCAGGCACUACUCUAGGACUUAUGGGAAAGAGAUUUUUACGGUGCAUUUUAAUCGUGAUAUGUCAUUUGGUGACUAUCAACUGCUUGAUUGUCCAGUGAAGAGUAGUAAUGGUUAUCUUCUUGAUAUAGUUGGUAGCUGUAAUGGGUUAGUUUGUUUGACUGAUAGUGGUAUUGCUGCUGCUACUGGUGGUGGGUAUAUGCCACAAUUGCCAAAUCCAAAACCCAUUUUUCUAUGGAACCCUUCACUUGGAAAAUCUAUGACUCUUCCUUUGAGGGGUAAUUCAGGUAGGCGUUUAGUUCUUGGAUUAGGGUUUGAUUCCAAGAGUUUUGACUAUAAGGUGGUGAGAAUUGAGUUUCGUUAUGGGGCAGUAAGUGGGAUUGAUAUUUUUGCAUUAAGUGAGAAUUCUUGGAGGAGGAGUUAUGGAGCUAAAAGAAAAGUGGGUUUCCCUUCUUAUGAUUUUUUGAAAUUACCUCAGGCUUUUGUCAAUGGAAAUAUCCAUUGGAUUGGAUAUCAUCAGACAAAGAAGGAAGGGCUUAAUCAUCGAACAUUGAUCGUGGCAACAUUUGAUGUGGGUAAUGAAGUAUUUGGAGAGCUAGCAAUGCCAAAUGAGACAGCUCAUGAAGUCUUCUUACCUGAUGAAAAUUAUCAGCUGUCACUUGUGGUUUUCAACAGAUCUCUUUCUUUGAUACGUUAUGAUGAGGGACAUAACCCGUACUUUAACCGUUGUUGCAUAUGGAUGAUGAACGAAUAUGGCAUGGCACAAUCUUGGACCAAAUUGUAUACCAUUUGUCCGUAUAACGGUUUUUCGAAGACAUUAGACAUUAUGUCAAAUGGAAAAUUUCUCCUUGUGACGAAUAAUGGAGAGCUGGUUUCAUUUGACCCUGAAAGCAGAGCCGUUAACCGACUAAAAGUUUAUGGAGAAUCAUGCUCUUUUAAUGUGGAUACCUACGUGGAGAGUCUGGUGUUAUCGAAAGGAUUUAAUAGGAUCUUGGGGAAGGCAUCUUCUUCCAAUGCAACUUUUCAUGGUAAGGCAUAAGGGAAGUGUACAAAAGUAAUAAAGCCAAGCAGGAUAAAAGAAAACUUGGAACUGGAAGAAUAGGGAUAACAAGCAGGAUAUAAGAUAUUGUACCUAAUCUUUACAACUGUUCUUAAGUAGACUGUUCUGACUGAGAACUAAUUUUAAUACCGAACUCUCUGUCUUGCUUGUAUACUGUUUGUUUUCUAUUACCAGCCAUGCGAAUGGCUGUGUAGAACUAAUUUAUCUUUUUGGAGAACAGGGCAACAGGUGUUUAUUUUCA